UGGCACGGCGGUAGCGCGUUCGUUCGUACGAGUAUAUAUACAUACACAUAUAUACAUAUAUAUAUAUAUAUAUUAUCCGUGUCGCGAAUCGCACACUCCCGCCUUUUUCUUAUAUUUUCUACGAUUUUUACACGUAUCGAUUCGCAUCUUGUCACGCGUUUCCGGGUACCCAGACCCUUCCUCUAUGAUCGAUCUGAACAAGUCGUCGCGAAACAUCGAACCGUCGUGCCCGGCUACCGUGAUCUUCGGAUCGUCAGAAAACAAAUAGACUAUCGUCGUCCAGUGUCAACGACGAGAAAAAACGGAGAAGUGUGUGUUCCAUUGUGGGAGAGGAAGAGACGAUUACGCGAGAUCGCUGUCCCAGUGGUCGCUCGAUUCUUCGGAACUCGCGAAUUCGAUCGUAGAAGUCUACGCCCUUGAUUCCGACGUCGCGAGGAUCUCGUGAAGGCACCCUCAGAGAGGAGAAAACGAGGAACAAUGUCGAUUGUAAUGCAGUACGUGGACCGGCUCCACGAGAUACUUGACAAACAUGCAGAUCAGAGAACAACGAAUUGGUUUAUGAUGAGCUCGCCGUUUCCCACCUUGUUCAUCUGCCUGUGCUACGUGUACGCCGUGAAGGUCCUCGGCCCGAAGCUCAUGGAGAACAGGAAACCCUUUCAACUGAAGAACACCUUGGUAUUCUACAACAUGUUCCAAAUGAUGUUCUCGGCGUGGCUGUUCUACGAGAUAGGAAUGUCCGGAUGGCUGACUGGCGACUAUUCUCUAAAGUGUCAACCCGUAGACUACAGCGAUCGACCCCAAGUACUAAGGAUGGCGCACGUUUGUUGGUGGUAUUACUUCUCCAAAUUCACGGAAUUCAUGGACACGAUCUUCUUCGUACUGAGGAAGAAGAACAAUCACGUGUCGACGUUGCACGUCAUUCACCAUGGUUGCAUGCCAAUGUCAGUGUGGUUCGGCGUAAAAUUCACACCUGGCGGCCACAGCACGUUCUUCGGGCUCCUGAACACGUUCGUUCACAUCGUGAUGUACACGUACUACCUGCUGGCGGCGAUGGGCCCCAGGCUGCAACCGUACCUCUGGUGGAAGAAGUACCUGACCGUUUUCCAGAUGAUCCAGUUCGUCGCCGUGAUGAUACACGCGUUCCAGCUGCUGUUCAUCGACUGCAACUACCCGAAGGCGUUCGUCUGGUGGAUCGGUCUGCACGCGACCAUGUUCUUCUUCCUGUUCAACGAGUUCUACCAGCAGAGCUAUCUGCAGAAGAAACGACCGAUGGCGAACGGGGUGGCGAAGGGCCAUCAGUCGAGCAGUCAGCACGCGAACGGGGUGUCGAACGGGGCGGUUGGUAACUCGUCGUCGGGACGAAGGGACGCCGCCGAUUAUUACGUGAAAGGGGACAGCCUAGCGGCGUCGGAGCUGAACCUUCGAAAAUCAUACACGACGACCGAAUGACACGAUCGCGCCACGUCGUUAGAUCGUCAUCGAUUCAUCUCAUCCCCCUUGUAUCAUCGAUCCUCCAAGUCGCAUCCGGGUUUCGCUCUGUUCGCGCUUCCGGUCCGACGAUCAUUCGCGAUCUCAGCGGGGCAUCGAAACAUCGAGAAAGCGUGUGUACAGUAAAAUAGUACAAAAUUGUUCCGCGUAUUCGUAGAGGAAUAGAGGAAUAGAAAGAGGAGUAGCAAAGGGUGAGCGUAGGACGGGAGGAACGUGCCCGAGACGGUGCCGACCCCGGAUGUGUCGCGACUCGAUGUCACGGAUCGCCGGUCCAGGUACACCGUGACCGCCCUUCCCGGGUACGCUGUUCGUACACCCCGCCCACGACCGUCGUCGAGAGCAAGGGAAACAUUCGCGUAAAUAAAAUCACGACGAAUUACACAACGAGCAAUUCGGAUUCAUAUGUUCGCGGCAAUCGUAGUUACAUUGCCGGAGAGACGGUGAUUUUCGUCGCAUUACGGUACAGAAGCAAGGUAAGACGGGGAGGAGUAAUGGUUUUUUAUUGACCGUGGUGAAACUGCCGCGGUUUCCGUGGCCAGACGGGGGACUCUCGCUAUCUCGCAAACCGCGUGAAAUUGGCUGGUUCGCUUCUCUCCCCCUCCCCUCUUCCGGACACACUCCGUUUCAUUAGAACAGACAUCGGAGCAAUAUUUACGGUUUACAUAAUUUUUAAAGGCGCGGGAUGCCAGCCCGCAAAAUAUUUUUGCUGUCAUCGGGUUGUGCACGCGCGCGCCGGCAACGACGGUUCAUAGAUUAUAUAAAAACAGGGAAUUAUAUAAGAGAGUUAACGGUGAGUCUUGGAUCGGGAUUGCGUAACAAUGCCAUCGACCGUUAUUCGAUUAUACAAUUCGGGGGAAGAUCUCGUUUUUGUUUUUUUUUCGGCGUCGGGAACCGUUAGAAAUAUUCGUUUGCCUUUUAUCGCCGGUUGCUCGAGAGCCGGUGACCUUAAUUCAAAUCCAACGGGGAGAACAGUCUCGAGACGGGAGCCCCGGAGCGUUACGUAAACCGCGUGCAUGCGCAGAAAGUCUCUGAACGUUCGCGCGCGCAGCCACGAAAAUUUAACGAAAUUCACGCGUAUCUCCGUUCGUAAGCAUUUAAACAGGACAAACAACGGGAUGGGAAUUAAACGAGUCGUACGCUGCUGCUUCUUUUUGCAUGCAUGCAUACGAUUACGAACGUUUGCAUAUUUGAACCGUGGAUAGUUACCGAAUCGUUGGCCAAUAAAUUCGCAUUUAGAGAGACAGGCGCUCGAUCUGCGCGGUCGUGCGCACGGUGUACGAUAUGUUCAGCAUUGUACAUAAAAAUACAUCGUCUUUUCGGUAUGCUCGACUCGAAAGCCACUCAGUUCGAAUUUAAAAUGAUAUAUAUAUACGAAUAUAUAUGUAUAUUGAACGAGAAAUCGAAGGAUUGUACAAAGUUUGCAAUUUUCUACUAAUCGGUAAUAAGAACGAUCUAACGAUUUAAUGUAUAGUUGAUUGUAGGUACAUACAGGGUGGUCCAGUAGGAACUUAAACGCAUGAUUGUCUGCUUUUAAUGGUUUUGUAGGAUGAAUUGGGUCAUCGAUAUCUUUUUUCGUGGAAUCCGGUAUUCUUUUCGUAAGACAACGACUUCGUCAGCGAAGGUGCCGAUAUUAUUACCAAAAUUGAAUUUGUUUGUUUUUCUUUUUUUUACGAUGAAUCUUUAUCACGAACGACGAGCGAAUUUUGCAUGCUUCUCCCGCCGCCGAGGCGUUCUGGAUUAUCCCAAGUACUUGUUUAAAUUAUUAUGUAAAAACUAAGAAUAUUAAAUACUUGAAUGGUGUACUUAUUAAUUUUAGAGUAUUUCCCAUGACAUUGUCGUCACGUAGAACUUCACGAGCAUUAGUUUAUUUAUGGUUAUUUGUUAAGAGAGCGUCGUGUGUCGAAGCGUCAGUCACCGGUGACCAACGGCGGCCUAAACGGGAAAGGAACAUGACGGUUUCAUCGAAAAAGUAUCGAUAACUUUCCGUGCAUCUCGUUCGUCCUAUGAAACGAUACGAUUUUAAUCCACACUUCCGACGGUCCACCCCGUAUUUAGGACUUCUCGCUGAUUGGCUUUUUUGCCGACAAUGUUUACGCGCAUCGCGAAGCCGAGCAAAGCAAAGGAAACGUACGUUUUCGACGACCAAAUGUUCCUCCAACGUGCCUUGCGAAAGUAAACGGAUGUGCCUUAAUAUCUAGGAUGUGUUCUAACCAUCGCGCGUGCGAGGAUCGUUCAAAUUCACAACGAAACUUAACAAAUGGCGCGCCAGGAACGAUCCGUCGUCGAUGUCUCGUCGUAAACGAACGCACAAAACGUCCCGUUUCGGUCUGCAACACGGUCACCGAUAUCAGAGCUGUGAUUACCGAAACAUAUUUGAUCGCGUGUCACUUGUGAUCUAGACAUUAAGGUUUCGAUUCAGAACGCACCGUUACAGACACCCGAAUUCCCCCCGACUUCUCGUUUUUUUUCUGUUUUACCACGCUGUCCUGUAUUCAAAAUCUUUUGCCCAGAGCUAAAUCGUUAACAGAGCGUUCAGAAUCAUGGUUGUUGAAAUUGUUGUUAGAGUUUAGAAGAGCGAGCGUUUGUAUUUCUUUUUUUUUUUUUUUUUUCUUUUUUUUUAGCAAACUUUGUGAGACUCUGCACCGUUAAUACUUCCUCACUCCUCUCCCUCGGAUAGUUACCUAUUUCUAUUUUUUUUAUGCGACCGCUCGCGAUCCAUGAGAUCUGUGAUGUAAAUCAUUCGUGUACUGCAUAAAUCAAAAUUACUUUCGACCGUCUGAAUCAUCAAAUUUCGCGUGAUCGCGGUUUGUAACGUUGUUAUGGAUAUUUGCUCACGUUUGUUCUUUUUUUUAAUAGAAAUUUCUUAAUCAACAUCAAUCGUUUGUGCAUCUAGCAGGUACCAGUGCAAUCGUAGCGGUUGGUAACCGAUCGCGUAGAUCGCUGAUCCCUUUGAACAUUGUACCAUGCGGACAGACCAUAAAUGAUCGAAUUACGACGAAUACGAUCGAUGUGCACAAAACGUCCACUUGGUGUUUCGUUCGCUUUGCACGUUUCGUACACCUUGUACAUAGGUAGGUUAGUUUUGUACUGUCAUAAGGUAAAAAAAAAAAAAAAGUAAUAAUAAUAAUGUGAAACGAAGGUAGCAAUCAUUGUGCCACGUUUCGUGCCGAACACACGAACGGAAAACCUUAAACGAAUGAAAGGAAAUGAGAAAGAAACAAAAGUAGAGCCAGAUACCAUAAGUAUCGCGCGCAUAAUGAACAUUUAAGUACGAAUCCGCAUCUAGAUAUUAUUACGAAUAAAGAGUUGUUAA